CUGUUCUCUGCGACUUCCAUGGAAACGCCCAACCGCCAAGGGUGCAGUUGGAAAAGGGAUUGAACUGUUGUAAGUGUUAUUUGUUCGGGAUGUUGCGAAUGUGGGUGCAGUCAUGCAGUCAGCACCCUUUAAUUGUUCUGGUAGCCUCAUCAUCUACAUUUUAUGCCCUUUGCAGUUAAAUAUUUGCUACCCAAAAACUUUUCUCUGUUACAAGUUGAAAAAUUCAUACCCAAGAAGUGGAAACAAAGUGUUAAAGUAUCAGACAUUCAAAACAAUAUUCAGUCCCUUAUUUCUAGUUCUCAUGAACUUAUCGUAGGGACUCAUAUGCCCUAUGAUGAAUCUAUGGUGGAUUGCCUUCUAUUGACCUUGAAAAAUUUUGUCAGUCAAGGCCAUUUAGCAAAAGCGGUUAGAACUUUUGGUCUUAUUCAGUUGCAUGUACCCUUACAAUCCCCAUGUGACACAGUGCUACAGUCCUUAUCAUCUCUCUUGUUAUGUUGUACUAACCUCAAGUCAUUUAGUGAGGGUAAACAACUCCAUGCCUACAUCAUUACUUCUGGCCUUGCACGCCAUAGGAUGUUGGUUCCUAAAAUAGUCACCUUCUACACAACAUUUGAUUUACUUUUUGAUGCUCACAAGGUGACUGAAACUUCAAACAUUUUGCAUCCUUUGCCCUGGAAUCUCCUUAUUUCUUCUUAUGUGAAAAAUAGGCACUAUGAGGAAGCUCUAUCCGCCUAUAAGCAAAUGGUAAGUAAGGGAAUCUGGCCUGAUAAUUUCACUUAUCCAUCUGUUCUCAAGGCUUGUGGUGAACAGGUAAAUCUUGCUUUUGGAAGGGAGGUUCACAAGUCUAUAGAUGCUAGUUCACCAGAGAAAAACUUAUUUGUUCAGAAUGCUUUAGUGUCAAUGUAUGCUAAGUGCGGGGAACUGGAUGUUGCUCAUGAUAUCUUUGAACAAAUGCCAGUUAAGGAUGCAGUUUCUUGGAACUCAAUCAUUUCUGGAUAUGCCUCUAAUGGUAUAUGGAGUAAAGCCAUAGAUCUUUUUGAAAACAUGAUGGCUAAUGGUAUUGAAUUAAAUAUUAUCACUUGGAAUACUGUAGCUGGUGGUUGCUCAAAAACAGGUAACUUUACUGGGACUUUUGAAUUGCUCUCUCGGAUGAGAAAUUAUGGAUUUCAGUUGGAUCCUGUGGCUGUUCUUAUAGGUUUAGGAGCAUGUUCUCAGACUGGUUUGUUAAGGUUGGGGAAAGAAAUUCACUGUUUGGCAAUUCGAAAUUAUUUUGAGAAUUUUGAUAAUGUAACAAAUGCUCUAAUCACUAUGUAUGCCAGAUGCAAAGGUCUAAAACAGGCAUAUAUUCUCUUUCAGUUGAAAGAGACAAAAACUAUAGUUUCCUGGAACUCAAUCAUAUCUGGUUUUUCACAUUGGGAUAAAUAUGAAGAAACAUCAUUCCUUUUCAGAGAAAUGUUGUUUUCUGGCUUUGACCCAAAUUUUGUGACAAUAGCAAGCAUACUUCCCCUGUGUGCUCGGGUUGCAAAUCUGCAACAUGGCAGAGAGUUUCACUGCUACAUUACAAGGCAUGAAGGUUUUGAGGAACAAUUGUUAUUGUGGAAUGCUCUUCUGGAUAUGUAUGCAAGAUCAGGAAAAGUUUCUGUAGCCAAGAAACUAUUUGAUUCCAUGAGGAAGAAAGAUACAGUGACGUACACUUCAUUAAUAGCUGGAUAUGGUAUACAAGGAGAAGGAAAAGCUGCAAUUAAACUUUUUGAGGACAUGAUUAGGUCCCAGUUAAAACCAGAUCAUGUCACCAUGGUUGCUGUUUUGUCAGCCUGUAGUCAUUCAGGUCUUGUAAUGCAGGGAGAGAAGCUAUAUGAACAGAUGCAAAGUGUUUAUGGUAUAAGUCCUCAACUGGAGCAUUUUUCCUGUAUGGCUGAUCUCUUUGGGAGGUCAGGUUUACUAAAAAAGGCUGUACAAGUUCUCAAGAAGAUGCCGUUUGAGCCAACAGCUGCAAUGUGGGCAACAUUGAUUGGGGCAUGUAGAAUCCAUGGAAAUACCGAGAUAGGGGAAUGGGCAGCUGAGAAACUGCUGGAAAUGAGGCCAGAUAAUUCAGGAUACUAUGUUUUGAUAGCAAACAUGUAUGCUGCUGCUGGUUGUUGGAACAAACUAGCUAAAGUGAGGACCUUAAUGAGGGACUCAGGUGUGAGGAAGGAUCCAGGAUGUGCUUGGAUUGAUAUGGGAGCUGGAUUUUCCUCCUUUAUGGUUGCAGACACCUCAAACAGUCAAAGGUGUGAAAUUUAUUCUUUGUUGGGAGGACUGACUAGGCAAAUAAAAGAUGCUUCUUAUGUUGCUAAUGAGGAAUCAACAUUUAGUGAAGAAGCUUAUUAGGCAUUGAUUGUGUAGAACUCAAAAAGGAACAAAUUUCUCAUUUCGAAGAUUGAAACUAUAGUGACAAUUGAUACACAUUGCAGAUAGGGAAUAUCUUGGUUUCAAUGAAGGAUGUGGCUCAUUCAGUCAUCAAUUGAUAAUCAAGUUCUGUUGCAAAACUGGUAGCAUUAGCCUGUUCACUACCUGCUACAUUUGGAUCAGCUAGAACAAAGUGGAUAUGUGGUAAUACUGUAAUAGUCAUUAUCAUUGAUUUCAAAUAGGAGGUCUCUAUGAUAAAUUGCUGUAAAAGAUUCUUCAGUUUCUUUUGAGUAGAAGUCAAUAUUCCUUGAAGAAGAGAUAGAAAAAAUGUCUACCAAUGACAGAUACGAGGGGGUGAUUCCACAGCAACACUACAUAAUCAUCAUUAUGUAACAGCUUAUUGGCUGUUAUUAUAUUAUACAUGUUGAGAUACAGUGCCAAAUUCCUUUCAAGUAGAAGGAAUGAGCAAUCAGCUCGUAAUUACUACAUGCUUUAGAAGGCAAUUUGGUGGGGCUACACUCAUGGUGCAGAGACUCGGUCUGCAUCAUGUGAGCAUCAAAUACCAGCUAAAUCCUUUUCAAUGGUAUUUUCUCCAUUAAAGUUUCAAGAUGGAUUGGUUAAUUAAAACUGUAAGGAUAAGUUUACUUUAAUCAUUAUUUCAGACAUAAAUCCAAAUUCCUUAGCAAACUACUGAGUAUAUUAAGGAUCACUUAGAUUUGAUGUCUUUUUAUGAAUUAAUUUCAUAAUUUUUUUUUUCUUCAAGUGCAGUACUGCACUGUACUUGCACAUUGGAAAUAUGGUGGUUGUAUGCAGAGAGCAUAACUUAUUUUUUAGUUUAUUGGAUAGUUAGAGGUUUUAUAAUUGACAUUUGGUAUAGAAAAUGUUGGAUCCAUAGAAAACAAACAUUUGUAAGUGUCUUAGUUGAAUGGUUUACCUCAAAAGAAUCUAUUUUUCUUUUUAGUAUUCAUCACCACAUGCUACUGCUAGUAUUAUUGUUCUCAAUGUUGCAAAGGUGCCUUACAUUAUAUAAGAUUUCCAUGAGCUGAACUCUCAUUUUUGCAUCACAGUAAAUGUUUCCAGUAUGUUUUUUUUUAGUGCCAACUUUGUUAGCUUAUGUUAUGGUUAAUGUCUUUGAUUUAUGGCAGUUUAUUGGCAUUUAUUUAUGUUUGUGUAGAACAAAUUAGUGCUUGUUUAUGUCCAGGUAGUCAUAAAUGAUGUCCAAAUACUCAUGGAAAUUGAAACUUGAAAGCAUCUUUUCAAUGAGGAAUCAAAGUACCAUUGUGUGCUUUAGUAUAUAGUCUGUGCUGAAAUGUAGAAAAAUGGUAAGGGCAAAACCUUUGUAUUGAUUAUAGGAAAAUGCUUUUUACCCAUCUUAAAGUUUCCCAUCCUAAAUUCCCUCCUAAUAUGUGACUUAUAAUCAUUGGGUGUUCAUGAAAAGUAUCGAGUCAAAUAGUGCUAUGAAACGAGGGAAAAUUAUGAGGAAAAAUUUUGGAGGGGUGAAUAGGCAUUACUCUUGAUUGUAAGAUCUAUACAUUCUCUUUUAAAAAUAAUUAAAUAAAAUGAUAUGUAUGAGCCAUCAAUGAGCAUCUGUCAACGGAAUUUAUUUAUGUGAUCAAACACAGUUACCAGAUGUUGUGGUGUUCUGCAUUAAUAUGAUUCUUCUAUUCUUUUCAUAUAAAUACUUGGAGGAUAAUGACAUAUAGGCAGUUGAAUUCUGAAGCAUUGGGUAACAAUUUUGAGCCUAAAUUAACUAAGCUGAAUUAUAAUUGAUAGCUUGGCAAACUGGAGUCUAAUGCCCCCACCCUGCCACCGUGCCCUGCAUAAAUGGUCCAUAGGCUAAUGGCUGCAGGUAUGACCCUCAUUCAGCUAUAAUGGGGUCUGAUGGUAAGUCUCCCGCUGUUUGUGUGAGGAUGAUAUGCAGAAGGUGGAUGAGAAAGUUAAGUAGAGAUAUUGUGAUGCAUUUUGGGGCAAGGUCUACCAUAGGAAGAGAGAUAUUAAGGGAGAUUAAAUCUGUAUUGCUCUUUUUUGAAAACUAAUGAAAACCUCCAACAGGUUGACCAUUGUGGUAAAGUGCAUAUUUUGUUCUACUAUGCCUUUGAACCUCGGAUAUGUGGUUUACUAUGCCUUUGAUUAGGUUCAAACAGUGUAUCCAUUGAGGAAUACAUCUACAACUCGAACUGAGAGAUCUCUUUAUGCCUAGUCUGGAUGAGUAAAUUCAUCUUAACACCAGGUGAAGGAUUAGGUUGCGGGGACAUUGGUAAGUAGUAUUACUCUUGAUUAUAUCUUCUUGAAUGUUUUUAUUUUUUAUUUUUAAAAAAACACAAAAUUUCUAUAACUCCAAUUGCCAAAAGGAGAAAUAAGUAGUAUGCUUGGAAGCAUUAAUGGUGAGUGUUUCCAUUUAGAUAGUGUUGAACUUGAGAUAUAAAUGAAGGAUGCUCCAAGAUAACACUGUGGAAAGUGAGAAAGGAUGGGAAAACUGCUUAGAAAACAAGCUUAAAUUUCCCAGGCGACAAAUCUGCAUAACUACAAAUAUCAGACACCAAAAAGAAGUGAUGCCCUUUUUUCUUUUGGGAACUUGAUGCUUUCUGGUACUAAAAGAGUUAUGCUUUCUUCCCUACACUGCACAUGUUCAUGAUAUAUAAAUAAUCUUGGAUAAAAAAAAACAAGAAUUCAAGAAUAAUAGGAUGGCCACGUGUGCAUAAGUUUUCAUCUCCCUUCUCCAGUUAACUGAGAAUGAAUCAGAUUCCACACAAUCAACAUAGACUGCAGAUGCAAUAUUCCAAUUUCAGCAUAGCAUAUUUAUUUUAAAUAAAACAAAUGCUUAAGAAUCUCUCUUCAGUCUUCAUCCUUAAUUCCUUAUUCUCAACAUUUCAACCAUCCCCUUUAAGAUCAUCCCCCCUACCUUCAUCCUCUCCCUUAUUUCAAACUAAUCAUUCAUUUUGGAUUGCCUCUUCCACCUUCAUGACUGACCAUGACAGAGAAGGUAAAAUACUUUCUCUUUUUUUUUCUUUUCUUUUCUUUUCCCUUUCAAUCAAAUUACACAAAUUAUAUAUCUUCAAUCCCAAGAAAGGAGAACUAUGUUUAACAGUGAUGAAAGCAGAUAUUCUGUUGCAUGGUGAUGAGGAUCAAGAUUGAUUGCAAUGGCUGUCUGAUGAAAGUUAGAAAGGCACUUCUCAGUAUUCCAGAGUUGGAGAAGCAUUUGAUAGAGCAGAAGCAUAGCAGAGUGAGUGUGUGUGGAAGAUUUGUGCCACAAGAUGUAGCAAUCCAGAUAAGGAAAAGGACUAACCGCAGGGUGGAGAUAUUGGAUGUGCAAGAGUUCAAUGAAAUCCCAGAACACAAACAACCCCCCUUGUUCAUAACAUCAUAGUUCAUCCACCCAUGCCUCAGCUCCUCCUCCAUCUUAAUUGUAAUCAGCUUAGCUUUCCUUUUCUUAAUUAAUUAAUAUCUGCUACUGUACAAUUUUUUUUCCCUAGUGAUAUUCAUUAAAUGUUUACAUAGUUGAAACCUUGAAAAAGAGGUUAGCCUAUUUGUUAAGGGAUACAUGUUUUCCAUGUAGAAAAAAGAAAGUAGGCCUGGGAUGUUUUUUAAGGAACAGUUCCAAUAGAAAUAGUAUAGCACUAGCCACUAAGAUGCCAAGAGGGCUAAAAAUACAAACUUGUAAUCACAAGGUCACGAGCUCGAAUCUCAAUCUUUUUUGUUUUGAGCUGAUCAA